GCAGUGGGAGCGGGAUCGUGGGUACAAGGACAAGGAGGGCGGAAACCGGGUGGACGUGACUAGGAGGCGAUGUCCCGCUCCGAGCGCGGCACACACAACGAUGACCCCAGCGUGCACGUUCCGGACGUUGGCCGGUACUCCACGCCCCGCGACCGGCGGAGCAACAACGAUACGGACUGGGGCCGCACAGAGCCGCGAAUGGGACGCGCUGACGGUGCGGGCAUCGCGAGGGAGCAUCCCGGACGAGGGCGUGCAGCUCGACGCGCGGGAGCGAGAGGGGUAACAGAUCCCGCUGGAUCGCGACUGAUAGAUGGGCACGUCGCCUGCUUUCUUUGAGAAAACUCCUACUGCUGAAUUUACGCUCGGAGGGCCUUGCUGGUAGCUAGAAUUUUGGAGGCAGAGAGCACUCCAGGACCUGCAAGGGCUGAGUCGGCGAACCCUUCCCGUAUUUGCGUUUUUUUCUGCGCCCUCACGAUGUCCCGUCAGAGGUGGUCAAAAACACUAGACGUUUGGCUUCGUCCAUGUUCUCGACAAGCGCCCCCUUGGCUGUGUUAGAGUUCUCUAUUAGAAGAUCAAGUUUGGCGGCGAUGACUACAAUACACGGAGCAUCGCGAACGUCACACCACACAAACUCAAGCGCGUCAGGGAGGAGAACGAGGGGCAGCUGGCUGUGGAGGAAGAGGAGGAACAGCGGAGGAUGGACGACGAGGAUAUCUACGGCAGAGAUAAAAGGCACCUUCACGUGCUCAACAUGCACUCACAAUUGCCGUCACCCCUGUACGAGAACCUUUUGCACCAGCCUUUGACGCCUUCCGUGUCCAAGGAGCGUAUCAAUGCUCUUGCUUUCCAGCUUGAAUCUGUGCUCGAGCUCUUGCGCACGCUUCAAGCUCAAGAGGCUGCUACGCAGAGCGACAUCUCCAUGCUCAAGCCGAGGGUUUUCUCAUUCGAGUCACUCGUCCAGACGUCCCAGACCAUGUCUCCGCCGAGACUAUGUGCAUGCUUGACUCCACUCACGCCCGCCCUCUCGACCCGCUUAAGUACGCCUUUGCCUGCGACCCAACCCACAUCCGCCACCUGCCCACCCAUGCCCCGCACGUGUGUCCUCUCGACACCUGCCCUGAGUGCCCUCCCGCUUGUCGCCUACAGUCCACACUGGCCCAUCGCUGGGACCUUCUCGGCCGUCAACGUUCGCGCUAUCGAUCCCACGCAUAAUCAUCCCCUCGAUCCCAUACGUCCUGCGUCACCGCUGAGACUCUGCUGUCCCUACACAGUCACUGUAUCACCACCAGAACUGUCCUUCCACACGCCCCCGCUCCCGUCGCACUUGCGCUCCGCGCCCGUGCACAAGUGGGUCGACGAGGAGGGUUAG